CUAUAGAUCACCUGUCCCACAAACGCUGCAGUUGCACGUGCCGACUUACUGACUAUUUGUAAACAAAUUUACUUUAGAGUUUAAACAAAUGCCUCCAAAAAGUUCAAAUAAGAAAUCGACUGCCAAGGCAGCAACGUGGUAUCAUUGCGAGGUAUGCGAUGUACAUAUUACUUCAAAGGAUCGUGAAACACACGAAAAGUACUGUCCCAUCAAAGUGGACUCUACUGAACCAUUGGAAUAUAUCCAUCAGAAUAAAUUAUAUACAGUUGGUGUAGAAAAGCGUACUUUUAAUAUUGAACAGUUACAAGAUGUAUCGACAAAAUAUCUGAACAAUUUAGUUUUCAUUUCGGAAGGUGCUAUGAAACUGACAAAUUUAUACAUCGGUCAAAGAGUACUAAUAAGACCGGUGGACGCAACAGAAUCCGAUGGAUUAGUGAGAUUGGUUUGGCCCAUACCCGAAAGGUUUUUAACAACAAUCUUUGUCAGUGAAGAGGACUAUAGCCAUUAUUGGUCAGAGUUUAGAGAAAAAAUACUUAAAAUAACUGCACUUCCUGCUGGUUGCGUAUCAGUUGCAAAAUCUGUUUUUCUUCGUUUAACACAUGUGUCGGGCGAAACAACAGAGCUGGUCGAGUCACAGUUGAAAGAUGUGGAGCGUUUGUUGAAAUUCGAGUUAAAGAAGUUGCACUUUACGAAUGGCAGUCGUAUAUUCAUGGACUUUUUUAAUAAAGAACUAACUUUACAAGUGGCUUCUUGGCGUAGUUUUUUGGGAGAACCCGGUGUUAAAACGGAUGAAAUGUCUUUAACAGAAACAUUUGAAAACUUAACGUUGAAGUCUGAGGCAGCACCAAAAUUCUUCGAAAUAACAUUAGCUACGAAAAUUAAUAUAGAACGUGCAAAGCCUACAGAAAAUGAAGAAAGCACCUCACAAAUUAAUUGCACAAAGAAAACAGAUAUCGGAGGACUGGAUAAACAAAUUGAGAUCAUUGAAGAAGCUAUGGAUAUAGCAUUGGGACUGAAAAAUGUACCUGCCGGUGUUAAAGUUUCUCGCGGCUUUCUCUUGCAUGGCCCGACAGGCUGUGGCAAAAGUUUAAUCUGCGAAGCUAUGUGCUCAGCUAUACAGGAGAAGACUGCUAAAUCUGACAAAGCAGAUAUUAUACGGAUUAAUACCAGUGAACUGUUUAGUAAAUUCCUUGGUGAAACCGAGAAAAAUCUAAGAGCUAAUUUUGAUAAGGCCUUCGACAACUAUCCACGUCCAACACUUAUAAUCAUCGAAGAUGUGCACAAUUUGUGUCCCAAAUAUGAAACCAAUGAAAUAAGCAAACGUGUUGGAGCCGCAUUUCUGAGCAUACUAGAUAUGCUAAACACGCGCAAGAACGAGGCACAACGCACUUUUCUACUAGCUACCACAUCACAAAUCGAAACGCUCAAUCCGAAUGCACGACGCUGUGGACGCUUAGAUAGUGAAAUUGAAAUUGGUGUGCCAACACCCAAACAACGCGCUGCCAUUAUACACUGUCUAAUACGUAAAAUUGUGCAUACACUCUCACCAGACGACAUCAAUGCUGUGGCCCAGGUAUUACAUGGUUUUGUUGGCGCUGAUAUAGCCAAUCUAAUAUAUGCGGCAGCCUUGCGUGCAUUGAAAGAUGAUAACCGUGCUUUGAAUGUAAAUGACGUGCAUGCGUCGCUGACACACAUCAAACCAUCGGCGAUGCGUGAAGUCUUAAUAGAAAACCCGAAUGUGCAUUGGGCCGAUAUAGGCGGACAGGCAGAUUUGAAAUUGAAGCUUAAGCAAGCAAUAGAAUGGCCGCUGCUGCAUCCGGAGAAGUUUGAACGUUUAGGCUUGAAACCACCACGUGGCAUUUUGAUGUUCGGUCCACCGGGUUGUUCGAAAACGAUGAUCGCUAAAGCACUUGCUACCGAAAGCCAAUUGAAUUUUCUCUCCAUAAAAGGGCCAGAACUUUUCUCCAUGUGGGUAGGCGAAUCCGAGCGUGCGGUACGUGAAGUCUUUCGGAAAGCGCGCCAGGUAUCACCAUCCAUUGUGUUCUUCGAUGAAAUCGACGCUAUCGGUGGUGAGCGGUCAGAUGGCGGCUCCAGUUCGGGUACAUCCGUUAAAGAACGCGUACUUACACAAUUACUCACCGAAAUAGAUGGCGUGGAGGCUUUGGAAAAUGUUACCAUAGUCGCCGCGACUAAUCGGCCUGACAUGAUUGACAAGGCACUUUUGCGUCCAGGACGCUUCGAUCGCAUUGUCUACGUCGGACUACCCAAUGCAGAAGCACGCCAAGAAAUAUUUCGCAUUAAAUUAUUACCCAUGCCGCUGGCAGCUGAUGUAGACAUCAAUUUACUUGUGCAACGCACUGAAGGUUAUUCGGGUGCCGAAAUACAAGCUGUAUGCCAAGAAGCAGCUUUGAAAUGUUUAGAAGAUAGUUUCGACGCUGAAAAUGUCAGUUGGUUGCAUUUUGAAUACGCCUUAAAUGCGGUACAGCCACGUACAAGUCCAGAACUCUUGCGUCUCUACGAUGAGUAUAAUAAACAAAGCUGAUGCCUACGCACCCAGUGAUUCUAACAAACUACAUGAUUUGUGGAGAAAUCCAAAAUGUCGCUUUUUGUAAAAUCAUAAGUUCCAUUAUUUUGUAAUGCCACCUUUUCGUCAGCGGAUUCUGCAAUUGUUGCGUUUUCAAUGCCGUCGUUGCUCAUGCAAUGUAUAUCCCCCAAAUUGGAUAAAUGAUUGAGUACGUUAAAGUUACUCUGCGUGGUUAUGCCUAUAUCACUAAUGGCCGCAUCAGGCGUUUCAAUCACUUCGGUCGUUCGCAAAAUGUUCAAUAGUGUUGAAUCCUUUAACUGUGUAGUUUUAAAAUUAAAGUUGACAUUUUCACUGGGGGGAAACAAAUACAAAUUAAAAUAAAAUUGUAUGUAUAAAUAUAUGUAUAUAUAAUAUAUAAGUAUAUAAAUAUCGUUUUAUUAUGCCAAAAAGAAGGAAUAUUGCUUUAAUACCUUUUUGUGUGUUUUUUCAUAUGGCGUGCGAGUGCGGAAGUUUGGUUAAAUUUCCAUUCGCAAAAUUUACAUUGAAAAGGCUUUUCACCUGAAUGAAUGCUAAAAAAUGAUUAGAAACAUUAUAACAAAAUUUAAAAUUUAACAAAAAUUACCGUAUGUGAGAGACCAAAUUUGAACGUCUGCCAAAUAAUUUGCCACAAUCUGCGCAUUUGUGUCGUCGCAUGUCGCGAUGCAUCGCCGCAAUGUGCUCCAUUAAGUAACUGCGUUUCGUGAACGCCUUGUGACACUUGCCGCACACAUUGUCCUUAACGGUUUUAUGCACAGGCUCGUGGCGGCGUAAUUCUCGUAGUGUCUUAAAGCCGCGUUUGCAUUGGCCACAAUGGUAUUCGCGUUGCUCUAAAUGCGUUGACUUGUGCGCCUUCAAAUUGCUCGAUGUGGUAAAGAAAUUAGCACAUAUUUCACAUUGAAAACGCUUUUCGCCGGUGUGUGUGCGUUGAUGUUUAAGUAAAUUGCUGGAUUGCUUAAAUUGACGCGGGCAUUGCUGUAAAAUAUUAAAAAAGACAAAACGAAAAAAUAAAAAAAUAUUUUAUGCUUAUGUGUACGAAGUUCUCGGUGUACUGCACUGAAUUUUUAUUGUUAACCUCAGCUAACUGAUGAUAUAAUAAAUUCACAAAGGCAUUUUUACUAUUGGAAUAUGUUUUAUGUUGUGGAAUUGACGGUUUUUAGCGGAAAGAUCAAAAACCAUUGGCGAAAAAAUAAUAACUAAGCGUCACUUUGUUCAGUUGAAUCAUUUAUUCUCACUUAAUUAUGCAAAUGUAUGUAUGUGUGCGUGCGAAGUUAUUAAGCAUUUUUUAGUUUAGCUUUUAUAUAAAUAAAAGAAUACAUUUCGUAUCGGUUUUGUAUUGUCAUUACGCCACGUAUCAGCUGGGUGAUGCCGAGUGUGUUGUAAUCACUUUUUUAAUCAACAAUUUUCUGAUUUUAAUUGCUUUGAUAGCUCUGAUAAAGUAAUGUUAAUUGACGUCUUGGCGUUGAGAGCGUUUCGAGAUGUUUGCGCGCAUUAGUUGAGCGAAGCGUGUUGUUGCCGCAGGUAUUAGCGUAGUUAGUUGUUAUUUAUUUUUAUGCAGUUGCUGAGCAAUAUUUGGCGGUCUGUUCACAAUUAAGAUGCAAGCGUGGUUACGUAUUUCAUUGUUAUUAUGGGUUUUUGGAUUUUUUCGUGAAUUCCGUCCAUCCGAACCGUUUGUUA